CUCUUUGGUUUCCCGUAGCAGAGACUAGCAGUGUUAAGGUUGUCCUGCCUGUUAACAUGUAGAUAUUAAUAAUUAUAAAUAGAAAUACGGUUUAAUGGUUGUUUCAGAACGUUUUAACCGUCUUCAGCACAUAAGGUUGAGCAGUGUAGUGGUUGCAAAAAUACUCGCAUGUUCUUAUUUGUUGUGAGCCCCUUCGGCUGCCGUAGAGCGGAAACGAGACAAUAGCAGUCGGCAUGGUGCUGGAGAAGAAAACCUCUGCUCGGGUGGAGGCCGGCCAGCGGCGGGUUCUGGAUGAAGCCACCAGACAGAGGAGGCUGACACGGCAGCUGGAGGCUCUGGAGAAAGACAACUUCCAGGACGACCCUCUGUCCUCCCUCCCUCCUCCCGGUCCUACGGCCCGCCUCCCGGCCUUCAGCGAGACCGAGGAACCAGAGAAGAAGAAGAGGAAGACGAGGGGUGAUCACUUCAAACAACGUUUCAGGAAAAACUUCACCACGCUGCUGGAGGAGGAGAACCUGUCAGACAAGGCGGAGCCUAACUACCUGUCAGCAGUGGCCCCGCCCUCCUCUCUUCCUCCCCGUCACUUCUGCUGCGUCUGUGGGUUUCCCUCCCACUACACCUGUACCACCUGUGGGGGGCGCUACUGCAGCAGCAAGUGUCUGAUCACACACAGAGAGACCAGGUGUUUGAAGUGGACACUCUGAUGCUGCCUUGUUGCCAUGGUGAUGAUUAUGGGAGGCUGUCAUGUGAUGUCAGAGGUCUAACUGAUCAGACUGUUUGACGUCACACCCCACCUGAGUGACGUCACAGCUCACCUCAGCGAUGUCACAGCCCACCUGAGUGACGUCACAGCUCACCUCAGCGAUGUCACAGCCCACCUGAGUGACGUCACAGCCCAACUGAGCAACACCACAGCCCACCUGAGUGACGUCACAGCCCACUUGAACGACGUCACAGCCCACCUCAACAGAGUCACAGCCCACUUGAGCGACAUCACAGCCCACCUCAGCGACAUCACAGCUCACCUCAGCGAUGUCACAGCUCACUUAAGCAGCGUUACAGCCCACCUGAGUGACGUCACAGCCCACCUGAUCGACGUCACAGCCCACCUGAGUGAUGUCACAGCCUGCCGGAGAAAGUCACAGCCCACCUCAACAACGUCACAGCCCACUUGAGCAAUGUCACAGCCCAACUGUGCGAUGCCAAAGCCCACCUCAGCAACUUCACAGCUCACCAGGGCAACGUCACAGCCCACUUGAGCAAUGUCACAGCUCACCUUAGCGAUGUCACAGCUCACCUGAUCGACGUCCUAAUCCUGACUCCAUGGACCCUGGUGGCUGUAGAGACUCCUGAUCCUGACUCCAUGGACCCUGGUGACUGUAGAGACUCCUGAUCCUGACUCCAUGGACCCUGGUGGCUGUAGAGACUCCUGAUCCUGACUUCAUGGACCCUGGUGGCUGUAGAGACUCCUGAUCCUGACUCCAUGGACCCUGGUGGCUGUAGAGACUCCUGAUCCUGACUCCAUGGACCCUGGUGGCUGUAGAGACUCCUGAUCCUGACUCCAUGGACCCUGGUGACUGUAGAGACUCCUGAUCCUGACUCCAUGGACCCUGGUGGCUGUAGAGACUCCUGAUCCUGACUCCAUGGACCCUGGUGGCUGUAGAGACUCCUGAUCCUGGCUCCAUGGACCCUGGUGGCUGUAGAGACUCCUGAUCCUGGCUCCAUGGACCCUGGUGGCUGUAGAGACUCCUGAUCCUGGCUCCAUGGACCCUGGUGGCUGUAGAGACUCCUGAUCCUGGCUCCAUGGACCCUGGUGGCUGUAGAGACUCCUGAUCCUGGCUCCAUGGACCCUGGUGGCUCUUCUUCUACUGUUGUGACAGGUUAACUAGCUUUCAGAGACGUUAAUGUUAAAUUCCGAUGAUGAAAUAAAAGCACAGAGAGGAA